AUGGCUAAACCCAACGUGGAUGCUGAUGGUUCAAUAUGCAGCAUCGACAAACUUGCCAAUGAUGUUCUGCUUUACAUCUUGUCAGAAUUAGUACCAAUCGAGACCAUUACCAGCUGCAAAUUUGUCUGCAAAAAGUGGAACAAGCUAUUGGCUGGUGUUCGUGGAACCAUGAUUUUCUUGGUCUCAUCCCCAGGACAACGCAAUGUAAAGCUAUAUUUUGAAGAUAUCUUCAAGUUGCUUAGUAACAUGAAUCCCGUACUCGCCACCAUCGAAAGCUUAUGCUUCAAGACCUGCGCUACAGAAAUUUUACAUCAACCAGUGAACAAGAUAAAAGUCAGAACACAAGGAAACAAGAAAGCAAUUGCAAUAGGUUCUAGAGCUGGUCUGGUAUGUAUCUCUCGCCCUCACCAUGGUUUAUCUGACCCAACACAUGUUUGCAACCCAAUGACUUUUGAAUACACCAACCUACCACAGCUAAGCAGUAGUUUAAGAGGAGGUUAUGUUGUAAGUGGGUUUGGGCAUCUACCUGAAUGUAAGCAAUUCAAGGUUCUCAGAAUUUACUACCCUAGUACUGAACUUAGAGACCUUGACAAUGCUCCACUUGGAAUGGCUCAAGUGGUCACUCUCGGAUUCGGAGGGUCGAGUAACACUUGGAGAGAUGUGGGUGUUAUUAAAACCCCACUGUGGCAGCCAGGAAUUCAAUCUGGUGAAACCCUUUACUUCAUGGGUCCAAUUGAUUGCACAAUUGUUACAUUCAACUUGCAACAAGAAAACUUCGGGCAGCUUGAACCACCGCCGUGCUUGCAACAAUUUGAAAACUCUAUAUAUCACCUACAAGAGCUUAACGGAGUCCUCUAUUUUAUUCACCAGUUGACCGGUCGGCAUAUACAUUUGUGGGCACAAGGAGAACAUGAUUCUUGGGUCACGGCAUAUACCAUUGAGUGGCCUUGGAAAUGUCCAUAUGAUUAUUUCCAGCCAAUUGCAUUGACUGCCAGAGAAGAAAUAUUAUUCUGGGUUAAUUGCAAACUUUGUGUCUACGACAGCAAGACGUCAACUUUCAAGAUUAACGUGGAUCUCAAUCCGGGCAACAAAUUAGCAAUAUGCCAAGCAAUUUGCUAUGAAAGCAGCGAUAAGAAAUGA